AUGUGUGGCAUCUUCGCGUACUGCAGCUUCCUCCAGGAGAAGGACCGUAAGACUAUCUGCGAGAUUCUCUGUAAUGGCCUUGCGAGGCAAGAGUAUCGCGGAUACGACUCCGCCGGCAUUGGUAUUGAUGGAGACAACCGUGGGGAGAUGUUUUUCUUCAAGGAAGUAGGCAAAGUCGCCGGGUUGCGCAAAAAAAUUGCCGAAUCCAACGUCAACACAUCGAAGUCUUUCUUGUCGCAGGUUUCCAUUGCCCAUACGCGUUGGGCUACGCAUGGACCCCCUUCCGUCGUCAACUGCCACCCUCUCAAGUCGGACCCCAAGGCCGAGUUCACAGUCGUACACAAUGGUAUAGUCACCAAUUCGAGCGCCUUGCGGCUCGUGCUUCAGAAGAGGGGAUACAAGUUCGAAAGUGACACGGAUACAGAGGCUGUUGCUAUUUUGACGAAGUAUAUUUACGACUCUCAGCCCGACAAGCGCAUGUCAUUCACUGAAUUGGUCAAGACGGUGUUGAAGGAAUUGGAAGGUUCUUUUGCGUUCGUUUUCAAGUCAUCUCACUACCCCAAUGAAAUCGUCACCGCUCGUCGUGGUUCCCCGCUCUUGAUUGGUGUCAAGACUGAGAAGAAACUCAAGGUCGACUUUGUUGAUGUUGAGAUGGCGGGUCCCGACGAGACUAUGGAUGCUUUGGCUUCCCCGAAGGCUGGUGGUCUGCUGGCGCCACCCACUGGCCCUGGUGGUCCUCCCAACCUGAUGCGUUCGCAAUCGCGAGCGUUUAUGUCAGAAGAUGGAAUGCCGCAGCCAAUUGAGUUCUUCGUUGCAUCUGAUGCUUCAGCAAUCAUUGAGCACACCAAGCGUGUCCUCUAUCUUGAGGAUGACGAUAUCGCACACAUCUCAGAGGGCGAACUGCAUAUCCAUCGAUUGCGACACAAGGAUGGUGCACCCCCCACAGCAUCGCAUCGUACAAUCGAGACUCUCGAGAUUGAACUGGCGGAGAUUAUGAAGGGCAAGUUCGACCAUUUCAUGCAGAAGGAGAUUUACGAGCAGCCCGAGUCCGUCGUCAACACGAUGCGUGGUCGCGUUAACUUCGACCGGAAUCAGAUUACUCUCGGUGGUCUCCGUGCCUACCUCCCGAUUAUCCGCCGUGGACGUCGCAUCGUGUUCUGCGCGUGUGGAACAAGUUAUCACUCGUGUAUCGCUACGCGUGCGAUCUUCGAGGAGCUCACCGAGAUUCCGGUCAGCGUUGAGCUUGCGUCGGACUUUUUGGACAGGAAGACGCCGAUCUUCCGUGACGAUGUUUGCGUCUUCGUGAGCCAGAGUGGGGAGACUGCAGAUACUAUCCUUGCUUUACGGUACUGCCUGGAGCGUGGAGCGCUUUGCGUGGGUGUUGUUAACGUCGUCGGCUCGACCAUCUCGCGUGAGACUCAUUGUGGUGUCCACAUCAAUGCCGGUCCCGAAAUCGGUGUUGCAUCUACUAAGGCAUACACUUCUCAGUACAUCGCACUCUUGAUGAUGGCGCUUCAGUUGUCUGAGGACCGCAUUUCAUUCGCAGAGCGGAGAACUAUGAUCAUCGAGGGCCUGCAUGCGCUACCAAGCCAGAUCAGGAAUGUGCUUGAGGGCGACAAGAGCUUGCAGGAGUUUGCCACUGGUGUCCUUGCGAACCAGCGCAGUUUGCUUCUGAUGGGUAGGGGUUACCAGUAUGCCACCUGCUUAGAGGGUGCGCUCAAGAUCAAAGAAAUCUCGUAUAUGCACUCGGAGGGUAUCCUCGCUGGAGAACUCAAGCACGGUCCCCUCGCGUUGAUCGACGAGAACAUGCCAGUGAUCAUCGUCAUGACUCAGGACUCGUUGUACCCUAAGGUUCAAUCGGCGUUUGCACAAAUCACCGCCCGCAAAGCGCAGCCAAUUGUAAUCUGCAAUGAGAAUGAUGCAGACAUCCCUAAGGGUGUCAAGACGAUCCGUGUACCAAAGACAGUCGACUGUCUGCAAGGCAUUCUGAACAUCAUUCCUUUGCAGCUCUUGAGUUAUCAUUUGGCUGUCAAGAACGGAUUUGAUGUCGACUUCCCGAGGAACCUGGCGAAGUCGGUCACCACCGAGUAA